AGGGAUUGCCCGAAUUUAUUCUUUGAUUUGAUUUUCCAGCUCCAGUCCCAGUCAUGGCGUUCCACUUCCACAACUUACCAUCCGCCCCUCCCCCAAAAGACACCCAGAGAGCAAAGCGCUUGCUACCUAAGGGGGUGGCGGGCUGGGCUUACACAUUUCUACCAAGCUACCUACGAGUACGACGGAAGCCCUUCAGCCUUCAGGAAGUCUGCCUCCGCGGUUUGCCCGCUCGCUCUUUCUCUUGUGUCUCCGUACCAUUUUGUGUUCUUAAAAAUAACUCACCCUUCAAGGCUGGCACCCCCCCCCCCCCCCCCCCCCGUUCCCUGGUGGUUCCAGAACAGCAAAACAGAGCGAGGCGUAGGUGCCACUUCCCCCUCGUCCUCUUUCUUCUUCUGCUUCAGAAGAUCAAUUCAGACAGAAACAACCGGAGGUUGCCAAGAGGGUCUCAGCAGCGUGAAUCAAUUCCCCCCUCCGCCGUGGCGGUGACGGUUGGUGCUCAGGAUCGGUCGCUAUCGCCAGGCCGAUCGUACGGAGACGAAGGAAUGGGUCCACGAUGCAACCUGUUCCUCAGCCUGGAGAGGAUGCUCAAUUGCUUUUUCCUUCCUCGUUAUCGUCAGAUCCGUCCGAGCGGUGCCGGAAGAAGAGGGCGGCGCGCCCCAGAUGGAUCGGAUCCCCUCUUUCCCUAGAAAGAGGCUGAUGAUAAUGAUGCUCUCGCCCGUGCCAGGAAUGCGAACAGACUAUUGGCCUGACUCCUCUUUGCGCCUUGGAGUACGAUUUUUCUUCUCAUGUUAUGAGUGUUUGUAUGUGUGUGUGUGUGAAAUCUACCUAUUCACCUAACUGUUGGAUGGCUUGGCAGAGAUCUAAGUUUUGUUGAGUGUGUUCCUCCCCCUUAGACCACAGCCCUCAGACUCAAAGCCCUACGUACUGUACCACACUCGGGCCGGGGCCUUUGGGUGAACCACGGAUUACUUGUUCUGCCCCUUCCGCACAAUCGCCUCGUCUCGACAUUCAAACUUCCCCCCCCCCCCCC